GUCGUGGCUGCCCAUAUGCCCAUGCCUCCGAACGCCGAAGAAUGGAAGAAUGGAGGAUCGGAGGAGCACAUGUCGGCUUAAGAAUGACGUAGGCCGAGGCACGCCCGCACGUUCCACCGUAGUUUGACCCCGCGCCACCCUCAUCGUCCAUCUUCCCCUCCUCAUCCGUCCGCCUCGACUCUCCUCGAUCUCCUCACCUCUCUCACCUCCCUCACCUCCCUCCUGUCUUCUUGAGUCAUGUCCAAGUAUGGAGGCUACAUGCGCACAGCGCAAGGCCUCAUGAGUGCCUUAUCUGGCGAGAAGCCUCACUCGUCCAUCACCGACUGGAUCGAGGUCCUCUCCUCUGACCGGUAUGACGAGGGCUCCCUCGACGGCAUUCCCGAGCUUGUCGACAGCGUCAACCUCCAAGGGCCUCAAGGAACGACCGAGGCGGCCCGCGCCAUCCGCAAGAAGCUCAAGUACGGCAACACGCACCGACAGGUCCGCGCACUCGUCAUCCUGCGCGCCCUCACCGAGAACGCGGGGCCAGGCUUCAAACUCAACUGGGCCAACCAGCAGAUCAUGGAGCGACUUCGCGACAUGGCCACUGACAGCCUCCUCGACCCAAAAGUCAAGAAGAGACUCAUCCUCGUCUUCCACGCCUGGUCGAUCCAGUACGCCGAUGAGCCGCGAAUGUCAGCUGUAGCCGGCCUUUGGAAGCAGUACGCAGGCGUUGCAGCUGGGGCUCGCCGAGCACCGCCCGCACGCCCAACAGGUGGAGGCGUGUCGUCGAGCCCACCCCAGGCAAACGCUGGCAAAGGAUUCUCGUCGUCUGAUCCGUUCUACGAUCACUCGUGGGAGCCAGCGGCAGGUCAGCGUGGCAAGGACACAUAUGCGGACUUGGACAGCGCGCGGGCCGACGCCGAAGAGCGCAAGCGCGAGCGCGAGCAGCGCAUGGCGCUGGAGCGCCGCGAGGCGGAGAUCGAGCGCCGCGAGCGCGAAGUGAAACGCAAGCAGGAGAUGGCGCAGGUUGAGGCCCGUCGUCGGGCUGAGGCAGAGCAAGAAGCCGAGCGGCGGCGCAAGGCCAAGGAAGAGCGCAAGUCCGCCAAGCACGCGCCCAAGAGACCCAAGUUCAACUUUGAGAAGGAGAAGCCUCAGGUGCUGUCGUCGGUCGCCAACGCCAACCUCGCGGCGUCCAAUCUUGUCAACUCGAUCCGCCUACUCAAUCGUGAGGUUGAGAACGUGACCGAGAGCCCACGCGUCCAGGACUGCCUCGACAAGGCCAAGGCCGCGCGCCGCGCCGUGGUCAAGUACAUCCAAGUUGUGACGGAUGAAGAGUUCCUCGGCACGUUGCUUGAAGCAAACGAGAGAAUUGUCACGGCCAUCCAGCUCUACGACAAGAUGAGCAAACCCGCGGCGCUCGACUCGGACUCGGACGACGAGGAGUCAAAGCGGUAUGGCGACGAGUCGGCGCAAGUCGAGCGCAUCCGGCAGCGCCUCCAGGCUCAGAAACUCGAGAGCCAGCGUACCGGCGAGAUCGAGAGCAUGCAGGAAGCGCAGAAGGCCGAGAGCCAGCGGCGCCAGGCCCGCGCCGCUCGCCGCGGCAACUCUGGCACGGAGGCGGACCGGUCUGGACGCAGCGCCAUUGACGACCUCGCCGGCCUGGAUCUUAGCGCGCGGAAUCCCAACCUUCCGCGUCCGAUCCAGCCCGACCCGGAGCGCUCGAGCAUGGGGCGGGGUUCGCUUUCUGACUUCUCGGACUACGAUUCCAGUGACGAGGACUGGCGCGCAAGUCACUCGCGCCAGAGUAGCCGCCAGGAGGCUGGACCCAGCCGUGGCAAUCGCGGCCAGAUCUACCGCGGCGACAGCUUCGACCCAUACGCGCCGUCUGACGACGGUGGCUACGCGGCGCUGGAGGAUGAGGGAGGCAAGGACCGCCUGCUUGAAGACCCAUUCGGGGACCCGUUCGGUGACGACCAGGCUACGACGCCGAGGAAUGAGAAGCAGCGCAUGGAGUGGACCGCGAUCUAAACACUAGUCCCGUGCUACGACGUUCACGCCCUAUACCCACUGGUUGCAGUCAUUAAUUUUCUAGGUAUCGUGCGGUUGCAGAGAGCAGUACAGAAUACAGAUGCAGUGAUGAUCUCGCCACGUGUAAGUGGCCGAGCUAUGGA